CAACGCGCAUACAUUAAAAUCGAAACGAUUCAUGGUACAACAGUGCCUGAAAUUCAUGCCGCGUUAAAUGAAGUGUGUGGAACGGAUACUGUGGAUCGUAGUACGGUGCGAAGAUGGCAUCAGCGAUUCCGUGAUGAUCGUAUAAUUAAAAGUUCGUCGCCAGCAAACAAAGGUGAAACAAAUGAUGAUUUUUGCUUACGAUAAACUUGGGAUAAUUGUCACUGUUCGAGUUCCAAUUGGCAGUAGUGUAACCGGGGAUUACUACAAAACAUUCCUUGGCAAAAAAUAGAAAUCCGUAAAAAGCGACCAGGAAUGUUACAAAAUGGUGUGUCCAUAUUGCACGAUAAUGCGCGGCCGCAUAUCGGAGCACCAGUCAUCGCUCUUUUGGAGAAAUAUGGAUGGGAACGCCUCAAACACCCACCAUAUUCGCCGGAUUUAAGUCCCCCGGACUUUGAUUUAUUUCCAAAACUGAAGGAACCACUUAGAGGGAUCCGUUUUCCCAACUUAGAUAUACUAAAUGAAGAAGUGAGCCGAAGGAUCCGUGAACUCAACNGAAAUGCGGUUCCAAUUCCGUCUUGACGGCGUUGAUGGGAGACGAUAUGUUCAACGCGCCGCCGUUGCCGACGCCGAAUACGAUAUUCGAUAGUCCUAUUUAAUACAUCCCUGAUUACGAUUAUCGGUCAGUAGUACAUAUUCUAUACACCCGCCGCAUACACCAUCUCCUCUCGAAUAUUUUAUUCUCCACAGUUUUUGUAAGAGUGAUAAUUGUUUUAGUUUUUAAAACGCUUGUUAUAUUUUAUUACGUUUUUGUUUUCUCUCGUACAUUUUUAUAUUUAUAUAAAAAUGAAUACGUUCACAUGCACAUUCGCCAGAUGCACCAAAGUGUUUAACACAAGAAAUCACCUAACGCGCCACGCCAAAACACACGCCAGUGUAAAAAUUCAGUGCGUUUUAUGUCAAAAAAAUGUUUGCGCGUAAAGACAAAUUGGAUAUCCACGUGAAAAUUGUGCACCAUGAGGGAAGAAUCGCCCCAACUAAUAUCCCACAGACCGGCUGAUCUUUCGCCCCGCAGAAUACUACAACCACAACACCUGUAGAACGCACAAAUGCAAUGGACAACGAACGAAGAAAACGAUUACCUGUUUAUGGAUUAUGACAACAAUAAGAUUUUUUUUAUUUUACCCCGCCACAUCAGUAGUAUUAUAAAAUUUUUUAUUUUAUUAAACACGUGACAUAAUAUUUCUCAAUCGAGCCAUAUAUUACAACUCAUCAUACGGUAUGUGAAACGAUCAAUGGUACAAUAGUUGGAGAAUUCCGGCAUUGUAUCGAUCAAUUCACUCGUCGCAUCCUAUGGGGUAAUAGUUGAAGUAUUCCGGUAUUACACCGGUUGUCAGACCGUUUGGUGGAUUUUUAUAACAGGUUAUAAUUUAGGUAUUUUAUUCCCCGAUAGGUACGAAACGUAAGAACAUUGAAACUGCCGUAAAGGUGAAGAAAAUUAGGAUGGGUUUAGUGAACGCCCCCGGAAUCACCGAAAUCGACUCGUCUCACUCAAGAAAGAUCGUUUGGUAUUACACCAAAAAUUUAAACAAUAUUUUCAACUACAAAAUAUUUCUCCAAUCUCUCAAACCUUCUAUAAUUCAACUUCUCAAAACAAUAUCUGUAAAUAAUCCCAUUAAAUUCAAUUUUAAACUCGAAUCGAUAUAUUAUAAGCCACAGGUAGAUAAUUCUACUGUGGAUAGGUCAUUUAAAACAUCCGCUCGAGCUAUUUUUUUCGAAAGCGAAAUUGAAGACAUAGUAGAAGAAAAUAUCCGAACAGGACAUGUAUCAAAGUCAGGGUAGUGGACUAACACUUCAAUCCAUAGAUGGACUUUAUUAGGCGUAUAUAAAUAUACACCUAUUGACGGUUCGUUAUGUAUUCCACUACCCACAGACAUUUCGAAUAAACGGGCCGUAAUAAACCCUUAAAAUACGGACGAGAAAUGUUUUAAAUUGGCGAUUUUGGCGAAACACGUUACGGGCAUAAACAGAGAACGAGUCGACGGUGGGUAUAUGGUACAGGAGGAUAAAUAUAAUUUUAAAAAUUUAUCUUUUCCAACAGCACUCACGGAAGUCAGAAAAUUCGAAAAAAAUAAUAAUGUUUCGGUCAACGUCUAUGGGUUGAAAGAAGAGCAGAAAAAUAAAAAAAACGGUACAAACAGUUUUUCCGUUGAAAGUAGCUGAUGAGGAGAAAGAUGACCAUUUGGACCUCCUUUUAAAUUUCAAAAACGAUAAAUCUCAUUAAACAUACAUCUCAGACUUCUCCCGUCUUGUACGCUCACAGAUAACUGAGCACAAAGAGCGUGUAAUAUUUUGCAAGAGAUGUUUCACUAAUUUCGACAACAGACCGAGGUUGAAGUUGAGCGGGCAGGCGGCGCUAGAAUAGUAUAAAUUGAUAUGUGGUGGACGUAAACCUAUAUUACCCGUUAUGCCCGGACCCGGAUCGAAAUUAAAAUUUGUCACUUGUUACGAGGAAGGGUGUAUAUCUGUACGUAUAUACAGAUAGUUGGGGAAAAUUGGAGGAAGAAACAUUACGGGAUGAGUUUUUCAGCACGUUGAUGGACGAAAAUAUUGCGGGCACAGAGUACAAUCACGCAAAGGCAGUAUGGAGAAAAUUUGGAUGCAAAACGUUUGGGGAAUAUUCAGACUUAUAUCUGAAGAUCGAUGUGAUGCUUCUUACUGACGUUUUUGAUAAUUUCCGGGAUAUCUGUCAAACGACAUACAAUUUGGACCCGGCGUACUAUUACACAGCGCCCGGGUUCAGCUUUGACUGUAUGCUUAAAUAUACGGGUGUCAAACUAGAACUUCCGUCGGACUAUGAUAUGCUGCUGAUGUUUGAAAAUGGUAAAACAAUUUUAAUUUAAUUUAAAAAAAAAAUAAAAAAAAUAUAUGUAUUAACCGAAUUGUAAUUAUUUUUAUAGGAAUACGAGGCGGGUUGGUACAAGCGAGUAAGAGGUACGGCAAGGCAAACAAUUAUACGACACCGGACUAUGAUAAGACGAAAGACGAUUCAUGUUUAAUUUACCAGGAUUGUAAGUUAGCAUAAUAUAUUUAAAAAUAAUUCAUAAAUAUUAAUUUCUUCUUUGUUAUAGGUAAUAACUUGUAUGGAUAGGCGACGUCAGAGUAUAUGCCAAGCGGCGGAUUCGAGUGGAUGGAACCCACAUUUGACGGUCUCAACCAACUGACGGACACAUCGUAUAUUGGGCGGUAGUACGAGGUCGAUAUCGAAUUUCCGAAGCAUUCGCAUGACGACCACAAUGACUUACCUUUCCUACCUAACAAUGGUGUGCCACCAGGCUCGAAGGUGAGGAUGUUGAAGGCGACGUUGGAGGAGAAGACGAACUACAUUAUACAUUAUAGAAAUCUGAGGCAGGCGAUGGCUAACGGACUGAUUGUUAAAAAGGUAUACAUUUUAUGUUUUUAUUUUAUCUUAUUUAUCUUAUCUUUUUGUGUAUAUUUUCUGUUAUAGGUACAUCGAGUCUUACAAUUUAACUAGUCGCCGUGGCUUAAAAAAUAUAUCGUGCUUAAUACCGAAAUGAGGAAGAAGGCCGCAAAUACAUUUGAGAAGGACUUUUACAAAUUCGUGAACAAGGCAGUAUUCGGUAAUUCAUUAUUAUUAUUAAAACUUUAAUGUUAUUAUUUUAUUUUUGUAUUUUGCAGGUAAGAUUUAGGAAUCAAUGAGACGGAGGAUUAAAAUUGAGUUGAUAUCGAGUGAGAAGUGGGUACAAAAACUAAUAAACAGGACUACGUUUAAUCACUGCACUACAUAUAGCGAAAAUCUGUGUGCAGUGGCUCUAGAGAACAAGAUAAUACAUUUCUGUAAAACAAUUUAUAUAGGUGGGUACCUUAAUUAAAAUAAUAUUUAAUUUAUGGUAUAUUUUGUUUUUAUUUUAUAUUUUUACAGGAUUUUCUGUACUGAUUAUUUCUAAAACCAUGAUGUAUGACUACCACUACAAUGUCAUGAGGAAACAUUUUAAAAACUCCAUACACCUUAUGUAUACCGAUACCGGUAAAUUAUUGUUACUAUUAUUAUUAUUUUUCUUAUAUGUAUGCUAUUAUAUUAUUAUUAUGAUUUUCAGAUUCGUUAGUGUAUCAUAUCGAUACAAGAGGCUUCUAUGAGGACCUAUUAAAAAAAUUGGGGUUUUUAGGUUGUACGGACACCUCUAACCUGCCUACUAACUACCCGUAUUUUGUUACCAAGAGGAAGAAUAUUACGNUGUUACUAUUAUUAUUAUUUUUCUUAUAUGUAUGCUAUUAUAUUAUUAUUAUGAUUUUCAGAUUCGUUAGUGUAUCAUAUCGAUACAAGAAACUUUUAUGAGGACCUAUUAAAAAAAUUGGGGUUUUUAGAUUGUACGGACACCUCUAACCUGCCUGCUAACUACCCGUGUUUUGUUACCAAGAGGAAGAAUAUUACGGGGUUGUUCUCAGAUGAGUCUGACGGCAAGACUAUAACAGAGUUUUGUGCGCUGCGUGCGAAAUCUUAUGCGUAUAAGAUAGACGGUGUAGAUAAGAUAAUGGCCAAAGGAAUUAGAGGUCAUGUGGUUAAGAACCACAUGACGUUUGAUGACCAUAUAAAGUGCCUGUUUGACGAGGAUGGUCCGGAUGUAUACAGAGAGAAUGUAUCGAUCCGUUCAUAA